GUAGAGACAGAGAGAUUCACACAGAGAUCAUUCAGCAGAAAGAAGACUGAACUCAACUCACAAUGAAGAUCCUCCUCAUCUUCCUCACUUUCUACCUGAUCUCAGCUGCAGUGAGAUGCUUAAGUGUCACGGGAUAUUCUGGAGGAAGUGUUCUGGUGGAUUCUGGGAAACUUUGGUUCAGUGACUCUGCUAAAUAUAUGAUUAAACAUGAUCCAUGGAGAACCAUAAUAAAUUACAAGAAACACAGUAAAUGGAUGAGUGAAGGAAGAUUCAUUCUUUUUUGCAGCAAAUAUGGAAAGCUUGUGAUAUUCAUUAGAGAACUGAACACACAGGAUGCUGGGAAAUAUAGAAUUAGGGUUCUUGACAAGUGGUAUAUAGAUAUAACUUUGAAUGUGAAAAAAGGUUCAUGCUGUGUGGUGUCGAAGAAAGUAGUGGUAAAGAGUGGAGAAACUGCCACCUUCAGCUGUGAAUAUUCACAGAAUCAUAUUAAUGAUGCAAAAGUCAUAUUCAAAGAACGACAAAACUCCAUUGACCCAUGGAAUGAAGAAGAAAGACUCAGUAUUUCUGAUGACAAACAUAAAAACAUCUUCAGUGUGAGGAUCAAUGCUGUGACACCAGAUGACGGAGGAGUUUAUUUAUGUGGAGUUUGGAUCAACAGAGACUCGUACUCCAUUAGUACCGCUGUUCACCUGCACAUCAUGACUAAAGUGGGCGUGUCUAGAGUGAAGGGCUCCUCAGGAGGACGUUUGAUGAUCAAGUGUGAACAUCCUCAAUACAAAACCAACCCAAAAUACAUCUGUAAAGAACCAGACGGAUGUUCAGAGAGGAAGAAUCCAGGAGUUCAGGGUGAAUGGAUGGAGAAUGGAGAUGUUUCUUUAUAUGACGACACCAGAGCAGGAGUCUUGAUGGUGUUUUUUAGAGAGCUGAAAGCUGCAGAUGAAGGAACAUACAGGUGUGGAGUGAAAGUAUCUGACUAUACUGAUAGCUUCACUGAGAUACAGCUGAGCGUCAGACACGAUGAAACAUAUCCAAAGCGUGUGACUGAAUCUGUUCAUAUUGGUAAAGAAGUUAACUUCACCUGUCAGAUCCUGGAGGAGCAUAAAGUUCAUUUCUGCAAAGAGGAUGAUAAUCACACUUAUAAUCACAUCUGCCAAAGCAUCGUCUCAUCUAAAGUGACAGAAAUGAGUGUUUCAUCAGAGAGAAAUGAAGAGAGAGUUGUUACAGUGAGCAUCAGUAAUGUGAGUGUGAGAGAUGCUGGAGUUUACUGGUGUGGAGCAGAAACCAGAGACACAGAUCUGACUUUCAUCUCCCUGAACACUCAAAUUCAGCUCAACCUCAUCACUAAAGUGGGCGUGUCUAGAGUGAGCGGCUCCUCAGGAGGACGUUUGAUGAUCAAGUGUGAACAUCCUCAAUACAAAACCAACCCAAAAUACAUCUGUAAAGAAUCAGACGGAUGUUCAGAGAGGAAGAAUCCAGGAGUUCAGGGUGAAUGGAUGGAGAAUGGAGAUGUUUCUUUAUAUGACGACACCAGAGCAGGAGUCUUGAUGGUGUUUUUUAGAGAGCUGAAAGCUGCAGAUGAAGGAACAUACAGGUGUGGAGUGAAAGUAUCUGACUAUACUGAGAGCUUCACUGAGAUACAGCUGAGCGUCAGACACGAUGAAAAAUAUCCAAAGAGUGUGACUGAAUCUGUGUAUCUUGGUGGAGAAGUCAACAUCACCUGUCAGAUUCCAGAGCAAAAUAAAGUUCAUUUCUGCAAAGAGGAUGAUAAUCACAUCUGCCAAAGCAUCAGCUCAUCUAAAGUGACAGAAAUGAGUGUUUCAUCAGAGAGAAAUGAAGAGAGAGUUGUUACAGUGAGCAUCAGUAAUGUGAGUGUGAGAGAUGCUGGAGUUUACUGGUGUGGAGCAGAAACCAGAGACACAGAUCUGACUUUCAUCUCCCUGAACACUCAAAUUCAGCUCAACCUCAUCACUAAAGUGGGCGUGUCUAGAGUGAACGGCUCCUCAGGAGGACGUUUGAUGAUCAAGUGUGAACAUCCUCAAUACAAAACCAACCCAAAAUACAUCUGUAAAGAACCAGACGGAUGUUCAGAGAGGAAGAAUCCAGGAGUUCAGGGUGAAUGGAUGGAGAAUGGAGAUGUUUCUUUAUAUGACGACACCAGAUCAGGAGUCUUGAUGGUGUUUUUUAGAGAGCUGAAAGCUGCAGAUGAAGGAACAUACAGGUGUGGAGUGAAAGUAUCUGACUAUACUGAGAGCUUCACUGAGAUACAGCUGAGCGUCAGACACGAUGCAAAAUAUCCAAAGAAUAUGACUGACUCUGUGUAUCUUGGUGGAGAAGUUACCAUCACCUGUCUGAUCCCAGAGCAACAUAAAGUUCAUUUCUGCAAAGAGGAUGAUAAUCACAUCUGCCAAAGCAUCGUCUCAUCUAAAGUGACAGAAAUGAGUGGUUCAUCAGAGAGAAAUGAAGAGAGAGUUGUUACAGUGAGCAUCAGUAAUGUGAGUGUGAGAGAUGCUGGAGUUUACUGGUGUGGAGCAGAAACCAGAGACACAGAUCUGACUUUCAUCUCCCUGAACACUCAAAUUCAGCUCAACCUCAUCACUAAAGUGGGCGUGUCUAGAGUGAACGGCUUCUCAGGAGGUGGUUUGAUGAUCAAGUGUGAACAUCCUCAAUACAAAACCAACCCAAAAUACAUCUGUAAAGAACCAGACGGAUGUUCAGAGAGGAAGAAUCCAGGAGUUCAGGGUGAAUGGAUGGAGAAUGGAGAUGUUUCUUUAUAUGACGACACCAGAGCAGGAGUCUUGAUGGUGUUUUUUAGAGAGCUGAAAGCUGCAGAUGAAGGAACAUACAGGUGUGGAGUGAAAGUAUCUGACUAUACUGAGAGCUUCACUGAGAUACAGCUGAGCAUCAGACACGAGAGACCUGAUCAGAAUGGCAGUGCAAAAUAUCCAAAGCGUGUGACUGAAUCUGUGUAUCUUGGUGGAGAAGUCAACAUCAUCUGUCAGAUCCCAGAGCAAAAUAAAGUUCAUUUCUGCAAAGAGGAUGAUAAUCACAUCUGCCAAAGCAUCGUCUCAUCUAAAGUGACAGAAAUGAGUGGUUCAUCAGAGAGAAAUGAAGAGAGAGUUGUUACAGUGAGCAUCAGUAAUGUGAGUGUGAGAGAUGCUGGAGUUUACUGGUGUGGAGCAGAAACCAGAGACACAGAUCUGACUUUCAUCUCCCUGAACACUCAAAUUCAGCUCAACCUCAUCACUAAAGUGGGCGUGUCUAGAGUGAACGGCUUCUCAGGAGGACGUUUGAUGAUCAAGUGUGAACAUCCUCAAUACAAAACCAACCCAAAAUACAUCUGUAAAGAAUCAGACGGAUGUUCAGAGAGGAAGAAUCCAGGAGUUCAGGGUGAAUGGAUGGAGAAUGGAGAUGUUUCUUUAUAUGACGACACCAGAGCAGGAGUCUUGAUGGUGUUUUUUAGAGAGCUGAAAGCUGCAGAUGAAGGAACAUACAGGUGUGGAGUGAAAGUAUCUGACUAUACUGAGAGCUUCACUGAGAUACAGCUGAGCGUCAGACACGAUGAAAAAUAUCCAAAGAGUGUGACUGAAUCUGUUCAUAUUGGUAAAGAAGUUAACUUCACCUGUCAGAUCCUGGAGGAGCACGAAGUUCAUUUCUGCAAAGAGGAUGAUAAUCACACUUAUAAUAACAUCUGCCAAAGUAUCAGCUCAUCUAAAGUGACAGAAAUGAGUGGUUCAUCAGAGAGAAAUGAAGAGAGAGUUGUUACAGUGAGCAUCAGUAAUGUGAGUGUGAGAGAUGCUGGAGUUUACUGGUGUGGAGCAGAAACCAGAGACACAGAUCUGACUUUCAUCUCCCUGAACACUCAAAUUCAGCUCAACCUCAUCAUGCCUCCAGUAGUGAGAGAUGAAGGAGAAUCAGCUGAGAUCAUCUGUCCUUAUGAUUCAAUCUAUAAAUCAAAGCCAAAGUCUCUCUGUAAGGGGAAGUGCUCCACUAGAGACAGAAAUCCUCUCAGUGAGACUGUGAGAGAAGAGAAAGAGACCAAGACUGGCAGAUUGACUCUGAAUGAUGACGUCACUGCAGGGGUCUUCACUGGGACCAUCACUGGACUGACAGCAGAGGAUGCUGGGAAAUACUGGUGUGCAGUGACAUUAGAAACAGAGCUCAAUUAUCUUUACACUCAUCUGAUCGUCAUCAUGAACGAGGAGCUGAACUUGACUAAGUAUGAAGGAGACGACGUGUCAAUCCAGUGCAAACAUCAUGAUGAAGAUCAGAAACGCUUCUGUAAAGCACAUGAAGCCUCCAUGUGUGUGAAGGAUGGUGUUUCAUUGGAGACGAUCAGAGAUGAUCGAUUCUCUUUCAGUGAUGAAGCAUCUACUGGAGUCUUUACUGUGAACAUCACUGAUCUGAGAGAAGAGGAUUCUGGGAUAUACUGGUGUGGUGCUCACAUCAUCAUUAAAGUCAAUCUUGAAGUCAACAAAAGUGUUACUGGCAGAAUCACCAUCUCUUGUGUUUCUGUGACUCUGCUGCUGAUGGGAGCGUCUGUCCUGUUAUUAUACAAAUUAGGAUAUAUCAAGACACGAGAUCAGCACACUUCCCCAGACAGGACGGGGAUGAGCGGUGGAGAGGCCUCUCAUGCAGCAUGUGACUAUGAGAAUAUCAAAGAUGCCAGAAGGCGCUCAAUCCCAGAUACUAAGGAAACAGUGUUAUACUCCACUGUCACACAUCCCACAGACGUGUCUGAUCCACACGACAUGCUGUAUUCUACUGUACAGUUACCCACAAACCCCUCUGAUGGGCUCCUGUACGCUUCGGUCCAUUUCCAGAAGCAUGAAGAGUCUCUCAGCAAUGCUAAAGUUACCUUCAAUAAUGAGGACGUUUACUGUAAUUACACCACAGUCAGUCUCAACUAGCUCAGCUAGGUUUCAGAAGGUGUUCUUUUUUUUUUUUUUUUUUUUUUUUUUUUUUUUUUUUUUUUUUAAGAACUUCAUUUUUAAAAGAGUAUGGGAUCUGGUAACAAGUGCAGUAAAAUGUGAAUGCAUAUAGUGAGUCUUACUGAAGUGUCACUCUUCAGUGACACUUAAAAAUGCAUUUCAUUAGAUAUAAAUUAUAUAUAUAUAUAGUACAGAAAGUUUGGACACAGCUUCUCAUUCAAAGAGUUUUCUUUAUUUCCACGACUAUGAAACUAAUAUAUAUAUAUAUAUAUAUAUAUAUAUAUAUAUAUAUAUAUAUAUAUAUAUAUAUAUAUAUAUAUAUAUAAACAAAUAACAUUUAUUGUAAAGCAAAGUAUCAAAAGUACUUUCAAAAGUCCACUCAAAAUAAGAAGUAUUGCAUGACUUUGUGCUUGUUUGUGAUUAGUGGAACAUGUUCAGAGUGAACGUAAUGAACCACCAUUGUGUGCGCUCAUAAAUGUGAAAGAAAUUAAUAAUUGUGAGGAGAAACUCUAGUAGCACUUGUUUACACGUGACACUUGAUCUGCUCUCUCUGUUUACUCUCAGACGUUUCUCAGAUUACUAUAGUUAGUUAUUUUGUCACACCCCAGUGAAAUUACAGAUAAGAGUCUGUUGAUGAACUAAGAAAACACAAGAGAGGAGCAUCUGCUGGAAAUGUGCAAGAAAACAACUCAACUGGACACUUUUUCUGACACCACAGCGGGGGUUUUCUGUGUUGUUCACACACAACACACCCUUGCACCCACAAGCAUCUAGAAACGUCUGAUGCAUAAAAACGCAGGAAUGAAAGGGAACAAAUUACAGAUGUAUUUUUAUAAUGAAUUUUACGUACCGCAGCUGUUAUUCUAUUUAUUAUUUCUAACUCAUCUGGAGCAGAAGGACCAUAUGAAAUAAAACUGUGUUUAGGUGUCAUACCUGUUAUGAGAUAUUAAUAUAGGCUGAGUGAAUCAUGUGCCUUGUUCAUACCAUGUCUAUUGUACAGUUCAUCAUCUCUGUGUGUUUGUGCUUGUUAUAUACAGGUUUAUGUUUUUCAUUUAUCAAGAGUUUUAUAUUCAAAGUGUUAUUAAUCAUACAGGGACACUAACCCAAAUAAUCACCUUCAGCUAGUCAGUUGUUGGACUAGACUCGAAUGAUUUACUUUGUAUACCACACCUUUAAGUUUGCUUCCCUCUGCUGUUAAAGCAUUAACAAUGCAGUUUGAACUUUCACUUGUUCUCUGGUAUGCCUCUAUUUUUUAUUGGGUAACAGCUUGUUAACAAUGACAUCAUGACUUAUGAGAAAAGAUAUAAAGACUGAUUUCAAG